UCAUGUCCUGAUGAAUGAACAUACUAAGAGCUCAAAAUUUUUAUUUAUGGCUAAAAGUAAGGUUCUUGUCGUCGGCGGCACCGGCUACAUCGGAAAGCGGCUGGCGGCGGCGAGCCUGGCCGCCGGCCACCCUACUUACAUUCUUCUCCGGCGAGAGAUCGGGCUCGACAUGGACAAGUUGCAAAUUCUGUUUGAGCUAAAGCGUCGCGGCGCGCAUCUGAUUGAAGGGUCAUUUUCCGAUCAUCAGAGUUUGGUGGACGCCGUGAAGCAAGUCGACGUUGUGAUUUCCGCUAUGUCGGGAGUUCACUUCCGGAGCCAUAAUUUGAUGAUGCAGCUCAAGUUGGUCGACGCUAUUAAAGAAGCCGGAAAUGUAAAGCGAUUCUUACCAUCGGAGUUUGGCUCCGAUCCGGCGAGAAUGCUUCAUUCACUAGAGCCGGGAAGAGUGACCUUCGACGAGAAGAUGACGGUGAGGAAAGCCAUCGAAGAAGCUCAAAUCCCUUACACUUACAUCUCCGCCAACUGCUUCGCCGGCUACUUCGUCGGAAACCUUUCUCAAAUGGAAACCCUGCUUCCUCCCAAGGAUAAGCUCUUCAUCUACGGCGACGGCAAUGCCAAAGUUGUGUUCAUGGACGAAGAUGACGUCGCGAAGUACACAAUCAAGACAAUCGACGACCCUCGUGCGGCGAACAAGACAGUGUAUCUCCGGCCACCGGAGAACAUUCUGAGCCAACGGGAGUUGGUCGGAAUAUGGGAGAGGUUGACAGGGAAGCCAUUGGAGAAGAUCACCAUUUCUGAAGAGGAUUUUCUAGCUCGUCUUGAAGGGGCGCCAUAUGCUGUUCAAGUUGGGAUCGGCCAUUUCUACCACAUAUUCUACGAGGGAUGUCUGACGAACUUUGAGGUCGGAGACGACGAGGAAGCUUCCAAGCUUUAUCCGGAAGUGGAUUACAUUCGAAUGGAUGAUUAUUUGAAACGCUACCUGUAAUUGUUCAAUUUGUAGGGCAUUUCUAUAUGCAUCUGAUUUAUUAAAAUUGUCGCAAAAAUAGAUAUAUUCCACAAUAAUUUCAACUGCGACAAGAUGACAUUUUUCUAGCAGUGAACUUUGGAACACACUCAUGUGUAUUCAUUUCAAUAAAUUGAAUUUGUCAAAUGGGAUUUAAUUCGCUC